AUGCGUGAAGCGAGGCUAAGAUGGUUCGAGCAUGUUAAAAGGAGAAGCAUGGAUGCUCCAGUCAGGAGGUGUGAGAGAUUGGCAUUGGGGGGUAAGAGGAAGGGUAGAGGUAGGCCAAAGAAGUCUUUGGGAGAGGUGAUCAGGCGGGGCAUGGCACAACUGGAGCUAAUCAAGGAAAUGACCCUUGAUAAAAGGGUGUGGAGGUUGAGGAUUCGGGCAGAAGAUAUUCAGGUAGUGCGCCAGGUCCGGGUUGUCUUCAUUUUCUGUGGUGGUAUUGAUUCUUAUGGCUUGUUUGGUACGAGGGAUGAUGAAUAA